AUGAUUGUGGGUAAGUAGUUGUUGAGAGAAUAUCAGGAUUUUUGUUCCUGAACAGGAGCAGCUGCGAAAAAUACAACUAUAGGCCCUGGCAGGGAUCGGCCCUGCGAUUGCGGUGCGCUCUAACCAACUAUACAUGAGAUAUAAUACAUUAGAGAGCUCAAUGAGAUGUGGUAAAUCUAGGGCGCGGACGUGACAAAAAACACCCUAAACUCGCAGUGUCAGCCAAAUGGGUAAAAAAUAUGGAUUCUUUUUGUCAACAAAAAAGGAUACAGGUGCAUGAAAAACAAAUUUAAACUGCUAACAAAUCCAAAAGAAAAGCAGAAGUGACUGUCUUUUUGUCACGUCCGCGCGUACUAGAUUUAGCUCAUCUUAAGUUCGUUAUUUUGAGCAAGGCUACGUAAUACUUUGACCAAUUUAAGUUCACUUACCAAUCUCGAAGAAGCACUUUCUUUUCUUACACUUCUUUCUUUACUUAGGCUCAAUAUACUUAAACGAUUGCCCAGUAGAGAAAAACAUCCCAAUAUUCCUAAUAGUCGCAGGGAUCACAGGAAUUCUCCUAGUUCUGUUAUCGUUUCUACAAAGCGGGUGCUAUGAUGAAGACAAAGAAUCAGACCUAAGCUGCUGGAGAGUGUUAAUACUGGUAAUCAUGGUCUUUUGGUCUGCAUGGUUGAUUGCAGGAUCUUUUUGGAUUUAUUCCAACUACCAGCCAAGUUACAGCAAUGAUACAAAAGAAAUGAAGCGAUAUUGUGAUAAAGUCCUGUACUUAUUUUCAUUCUGGGCUAUUAAUUUAACCUAUAUGUUCUUCGUUAUAUUUCUUAUUGCUGCCGUAUUCUUGUAUCUGUGCAUGCCUGACAUUUGGAGUCAGAUUUGGGGCUAUUAA